CGCUGACACUGAGAUCAGCUGAGAUCGUGAGAUGAGUUGAGAGAAAGAGAGCAGCCAUCCAUCCAGCACCUUCCUCGUCGUUGAGACUUCAUGGUUGAGGUUGCAUAGCACAGCGCUGUACAAAUGUUAAAGCAAUUUUAUUCAUAGUUUGAUUGUAAUGGGCAUUUGCCAAACUAGUGCGUUCGUGCGAAAUUUUAAAUGUCUAUUUCCCAAUCGUAGUACCUUGUGUUAUUUAUGGGGUGUCGUCCCAACACGUGGUUGGAACAAAGGAGUAAUAUUGAAAAGCCCAGGAUGCCCAGAUUACGCCGGUAGAAGAAGUGUGGAUGGAUGGAUUAUUUCACCGAUUAUUUCGCCUGUCUUGGAUUUUCAAUCUCUGUGCUAAAAGAAGAGGCCUGGAGUGUUUCACAGUCUGCAUUAGCUUGUCAGUCAGUCAGCGUAUGCUGAAAAAGGAAUGGUUGACGUCAGAAAAUGUGCUUCUACAUGUCUAUGCCAAGGCAAUGUUAUACUGUCACCGAGUUCCAAAACAGCAAGCCUUGGAAAUGCAGUGUAAUACCCCCACCUGAAGAAGAAUCCAGUUGUGAAAAACAAUCAGCGAAAACAAGUGGCUAACACUCCCACCUUUACCUAAAUCUCUUUCGGGCAUGAGAGGAGGUUCUCUACGUGGAAUGUUGUAUGCCGUUGGUGGACGAGAAAAUAGUUCCGACGCGUUGGGUCAUAGUGGCUAUGUAAACGCUUACGAUCCUGUUACGAGCACUUGGCAUUCGGCCAUUCGCGUGCCAAUUUACUUCAAACAGGGGCUGGUUUAGCAGUCAUGGACGGCUAUCUUUAAGGCCUUGGAGGAGCUUCUGCCAAAAUGAAUUUGGACAUUGUCGAACGCUAUAAUCCUGAAAGAGAUUCAUAGGAACUGGUUGCAGCUAUGAAAAUAGCUCGUGUCGGAGUACCACCAGCUGUUGAAAGCCGGAGAGCAAGGUUUGGAAGGGUAAACCGGAAAAAUUGGAAACACAAGAAAAACCGGAAAAUUCAGAAUUAACGGCUAUUUCAAUUAUGCCUAAGUCAAUGGAGGAUAACAAUUUCAUUUAAUUCCGAUCGGACGUUUCCCUGCCGAUGCACCAACAAUAUCUACCGAGCGGACCAGAUGGCGAGGUCUUCGUUUAAAGACUGCUUGUAACUAACGUGCCCGCAGGUGAAUGGUUAUACCCCUUCUUUAGGUAAGAUCGCGUCACGCAACCUUUUCUUUCCUAUUAUCUUUUGUUAAAUUAUAUUUUUAUGUGUGCUAUUCAAACAACUGCUGGUGUGUUACCACCUUCAAAACCGGGCGUCUGUUUUACUUUGAAUUAAUAGUCAGUUUGGCGUAUAGCAACAAGAUUUUGUGAUGUUGACGGUACAUUUCCUCCUUCCCGUGUGUUCACCAGUUCAUUCUCGUUCCCUGAGUGUUUAUGGCAAGGAGAUCUAUUUGUGAGGUUGCUGAACUGCUGAACUUGAAAUGAACCAUCCCCAAGCAGGCUAUCUAGGAACAUUAUCGUGACAGGGGCGUUUUUGAAAUCGCCCGAGGGCUACUAAUUAUCAAUAGUUUUUCCCAAUAUCACGGCGAUGACCCGCUCCGUAGCAUCCCAAAACCAUUUUCUUCUCAUUUGGAAACCUGUCUGUUACUGUGCUGAUUCACGUUUGAACUGUUUACUGGUGGUCAGUCGCCAGAAUGCGUUUCACUGCGUUCGUCGUCAUUUGCUGCUGUGCCAGUUUUAAUUAUGCCCGUGAUCUCAAGACAGACCAACUGACUGGUGAGUAUGCGGUGCUACGGUCGAAAAGGUCAAUCGUGGAAGACGAAGCCCUUGCUAGGGAGUUCCUGUCAGCCCACAAUGUAAAAUCUUCCGAAAUGUGUUACAAUACUAACGUUGCGGAGUGGAGAUUCGCUUCGGACAUCACCGACGAGAACGAACGACUCAAAUUGGAGCAAAGUUUAGUUGCCGCUCGUUUUGAGAAAGAAGCUUGGAAGAAUAUCACCAGUUUCAAUUGGAAACCGUUCACUGACCCCGAUUUGAAACGCAAAUUUAAACUCUUAUCCGUUUUGGGCCCUUCUGCCCUCCCAGAGGGUAAACUAACGCAGUACCGCAAAACAAUUGACGCCAUGGAGAAGAUUUACAGCACGGCCAAAAUCUGUUCCUUCACUAAUCCGGGCGAUUGCGGAAUGAAUCUCGAUCCUGAAAUUACGGAGAAAAUGAGCAAAAGUCGUAACUUUGACGAGUUGAAACAUGUUUGGCAGCAGUGGCACGAACAGAGUGGCGGUAAAAUGCGGGAUCAUUACGAAAAAUUCGUCGAACUCAGCAACGAAGCCGCUCGAAUGAAUAAUUUCAGCGACACGGGAGCUUAUUGGCUACGGAAUUACGAGUCGGACACAUUCAAGGAAGAUAUCGAGGGACUGUGGCAGACCAUCAGACCGUUUUACCUUCAACUUCACGCCUACGUCCGGGCCAAACUCCGAGCUCAUUACGGAGAAGACAAGGUCCCCAAAAAUCAACCCAUACCCGCACAUCUUCUGGGCAAUAUGUGGGCCCAAUCCUGGGGGAAUAUCGACGACUUGGUUACGCCAUAUCCAGGGAAAACUUCCAUCGAUGUCACUCCUGAGAUGUUGAAGCAAGGUUACACCCCAAAGAAAAUGUUUGAAAUGUCGGAAGAAUUCUUCACCUCGAUGGGUUUGCUGCCGACUCCGCCCGAAUUUUGGAGCGGAUCCAUCAUCGAGAAACUGGUGGGUAAGGAAAUGGUGUGUCACGCUUCUGCUUGGGACUUUUGCAACGGCAAGGAUUUCAGGAUCAAGCAAUGCACCAAGGUCACCAUGGAAGACUUUAUUGUCGUCCAUCACGAAAUGGGACACAUCCAGUACUUUUUACAGUACAAAAAUCUUCCGCUAGUCUACAGGGACGGAGCCAAUUCUGGUUUUCACGAAGCUGUAGGCGAUUCUCUAGCCCUCUCUGUCCAGACCACCAAACAUCUUAAGGAAAUCGGAUUAUUAGACAAAUCAACACCCCAAGAUCACGAAGCGACCAUCAAUUACCUAUUGUCGACAGCUUUGGAAAAAAUCGCCUUUUUCCCAUUUGCGUACAUCAUGGACAAGUGGCGCUGGGAUGUGUUUGACGGGUCCGUUAAAUCGACCGAUUACAAUGGUCAUUGGUGGAAGCUUCGUGAGAAGUACCAAGGCAUCAGAUCGCCAGUAACAAGAUCCGAAAAUGAUUUCGAUCCCGGAGCAAAGUAUCAUAUUGCAGCCAACGUCGAGUACAUUAGGUAUUUUGUGAGCUUCGUUAUCCAGUUCCAGUUUUACAAAUCCCUGUGCAUGACAGCCGGACAAUAUGAUCCGCACAAUCCAUCCCAACCACUUCACGAGUGCGACUUCUACAGGAACAAAGAAGCAGGAGCCAAAUUAGGAACGAUGUUGGCUAUGGGAGCUUCCCGACCUUGGCCAGAAGCGAUGCGAGCCGUCACGGGACAAGAUCGCAUGGACGCCAGCGCUUUCCGUGAAUAUUUUAAGCCCCUGGAGGUGUGGCUGAUAGCCAAGAACAAGGAACUUGGCGAACCUGUCGGAUGGGAUUCAGAUCAGUAAUACUUUGUAAUGGAAACUGAGUUGAAAAUGUCACCCCAAAAAUCCGUUAACUGUUCACCUCAAUUGCAUUGACGCAUGAUUUAUUAAGCAUCACAUUUUGCAAAAUUUGAAGUGACCUAAUGUAAUUAAGUUUUUUUUACCAGAAUGUAUUUUUUUUUUAUUUUUUAACUGGGCCAACUCCUCGAAGGACUUAGCCUUACCAGAAUGUAUCAAUCGAAAAAGCAAACUGGCUUUAUUAUGAUGCUGGAAUAGAUUUUUCUUUGACAGGAUUUCUGUAUUGCAUUGUAAUGGAACUUUGUGUGGACAUGUGAACUUUGAAUUGGAGUGUCAUCCAAAUAAUAGACAGGUGAACUACA